AUGACCAUCUCCAGCGACUUUCACCGAACUCACAACAUUCCGGACGAAAUAGCGAGACCAACGGGAUCCCCGUGGAUCGUUAACGGUGACUCCGGGAAGAACAGAGGAGGCGGGCUCUGCAUCUACGUGCAUGAUGGCUGGUGUAACAACAGCACGGUCUUGGACAGACACUGUUCUCCUGAUCUGGAAUUUAUGUCGUCGACAAACAAAGCCCACAAAGAAGACCAUCACCACCUGGCCUGA